GAAAUGAGAAGAGCGACAUCUAGUGUCUGUGUCUCGUACAGAAAAUACACACAGUUAGGCCUGAAAUGUGGCGUGGGCCCCUAAGCCACGACCAGACUACCCGGCAGGCCUCAGCAGCCUCACCACCAUCACUCACACCGGCCACCUACUUUUCCACGAAGCAACCGUCGCGCGGUCCACACCCGAGAACUCUGCGUCACGACGUGAUGCCACAUUACGCUGGCUUCAAGAACACGCUUCAAAACGGAAAUCUGCAUUUCAUUUAUAAAACGCCAUUAACACGCCAUUUAUUGAUAUUCUCAGCUCAUGACAUACAAUAGUGUGAUUAUAUAUAUUUGAUAUGCUAAAGUGUAAAAUGUUAUUUAUUUAAUAUUUGUAUGUCGUAUAAAACUGUAUACGGGCACGCAUCCUCUUGCUGGUAUUUGCAUUUAUUUUCGACACUAAAACGUGUGAUUUGGUGGAAGACGUUAAUCUAAAUGUAUACUAGUUGGAAGCAAGGCGGUAGUAAUUAUAAAUCUGUGCUUGUGCUGAAAGGCUGGGGCACGCAGCACCGUAAAAACUGUCUUUAACGGAUGUAUUUGAAUGCAUCAUGAGGCCGGACCGGGGGCGUAGGUUUGCCCGGCUUCGCGGAGACUCAGACACAAUGAACCGUCAGACUCUGAGGGGCACGCGUGUUGGCCUGGAGGCACGGGCAUCUUUUUAGCACAUCUUUUUUUCCCUUAUUUGUGCCUUCUGUAUCAUCUUUAACAGUUCCCGAGCUGCUGGCACGCUGUAUAGCGGUAAUCAGUUGGAAACUAUCAGUUGUUCGAGUUUGAGCAAAUCGAGGUCGGACACAAACCCCCUCCUACUGAAUAUUUUUGGGUGUUUUUGUUUAAGCUAAGGCGAGCCAAGCUCGGGAAACAACAAUGUCGACCACUGCUUCCUCUGAUUACUUCGCCGCCGAGUGUCUGGUGUCGAUAUCCAGCGGCCCCGUACUCCACAGACCCACCCCGGUCGUCCCCGCCAGCCAGCCGGCCACUGCGGGCCCGCUCCCCGGGGAGCCCGAGGGGUCGAGCGAGGACAGAGAGGUGCGGGAGACCCUGAGGCUGGAGGGAGCCAACGUGAUGGUGGUAGCCGGGAUCCUCACCGACCUGCACGGCAAGUUCCGCCCCAUGUCGGCCUACUCGGAGAGCAGCAACUCCUCGUGUGGCGGAGAGAGCGGCUACACCACGUUGUCCGACUCCACCACCCCGACCAUGACCCCCUCCGCCACCCCCGUGCCCGGCCAGCAGCUGAGAGGAGCCGCCGGGGCCCCGCCGCGGUCUCCCGUCAAGCGACACCAGUGUACUUUCGACGGAUGCGACCGAGUUUACGGGAAAUCGUCCCACCUGAAGGCGCACGUCCGGACACACACAGGUGAGAGACCUUUCCCUUGCACCUGGCCUGAUUGUGAGAAGAAGUUUGCCCGUUCUGAUGAGCUUGCCCGGCAUACUCGCACCCACACGGGGGAAAAACGCUUCCUGUGCCCGCUGUGCGAUAAGCGCUUCAUGCGUAGCGACCAUCUGAUCAAGCACGCCCGCCGCCAUCCUGACUUCCAACCUUCCAUGUUGGGGCGCAACAAGGGCAUGUCCUUCACUUCCAGCCCGGCUCUACACCAUUAGGAUGUGCUGGGUCGGGGACUUCCUGCUUACUUUGGUCAGCAUGAUCACAGAAUGCCACAGUGGUUUUUAAAAUUAACCAGCUACAAUCAAAUCCACUGAUUAGGGUUUAGCCUUGCUGGGUUGUCCUCAAAAAUGGGCACAAUACAUGGACUAUCCCACAUUGGAUGUGAGGGAAGGUAGCCUCGUCGCUCCAUCCACACAGAUGAGUCAUGUGACCACUGUUCCACUUGCAAACACAACUAAGAUUGGUUACUAAAAACCUAUUCAAAUUGAGAACCAGUUCGAACCAGGGACUCAUUGAGAAACCUGCCUUUCAGUUCUGCUUAUCGAUUCAUUAAAGCAAAGUUUGGACCUACUGCGUUUUUUAUUUUUUUUUUUUUUAAAUAAAUGUCUGCUUAAGCUUGAAAGCAAAGCACAAGUGCAGUUUUACAGCAUGUCUAAUGAUGCCGGUCUCCAGAACGCCACAUGCCAUUUAUAAUGCAGGACCGCUGUAGCUACGAUGUCCCGUGCUUCUGUGCUGAAAUGAUAAGGUGAAGUGUAAAAUUGCAUAAUGCAGCACAUUUAUGUUUUUAAUUUUACCUUUGAACCAAAAAACGAUGGGACAGAAACAUUUAAGGGAAACUUCAAUGAAGCCUUAGAAUGCUGCCGUACUCUGGUUUGGAAAAGUAAAUUUUAUCCUCCAAGUCGAGGGUAAAAAUUUGUCAUUGGCUGGUUGUCAGUUUAACAUCCUAACACUGAUGUUAAAUGUUUCAAUGAAGUCACAACAAUGCAGCACCCAUCAUUACCCAAUAAUACUUUUCUAUACCAUUAACAAGCUAAUUUUUUAGCCUGCUUCAUACUUGGUAGCCAAGCUAUCUGGCUUUGCUAGCUGCUGUCCUGAAUGGAUUAGCUAGCCUGUUGGCUGAAUAAUUAACAGUUGUUGAAAUCAAUUAAAGGAAAUACAUUUGUAUUAUUCACAUUUGACUUACAACAAACUGCAGCAGUUAGCUUGUAUGCUAACCAGCUCAAUUUUGGAAACCACUUAUUUAAGUACUGUUUGUGUUUGGGUAUCGACACAGAUUUGUGUCGGAGCUCCCCGAUAUUGAACUUGACGCAAAAUAUCUGAAUGGUUAAGUAUUUCUACACAUGGCUAGUAGUGUAUUACUCAGGAAACUGUAAAGCUAGCAUGCCCUACUAUUAACCCUGCUGAAAAUAAAAGCAGCUUUUGUGUUUAACAC